GCUACCGUGGCGCGGCUGAGGUACCAGCUGGAUCAGGUGGGAAGCGAGAUAAGCGCCGUGAGCGAGCGGAACGCGGUGCUGCACAGCGCCCCCCCGGCCGAGGAGGAGCUCUGGGCACCCGGCGGCGUGACCAGGCUCUGGCACCAGGAGGGCAUACACAUGGAGAAGGUCACCGGCGUGACGCUCGCCCGGAAGAGCGGCCCCCCAGCCGCGGCGGUGGCGUCUUGCUCGGUUGAUGGCACGACCGUGGUGCACCUGCUGGAGGACGGGGCCCCGCAGCCCGAGCUCCUGGGCGUCGUCGCCUCCCCGGACGCCGGGGCCAUCAGCGCCGCCGCCUUCGUGCCCACCGACGACGUGGAGUGGGUCCUGGCGUGCGGCGGCACCGAGACCUGGCUGGGGUGGGGGGUGGGCUGCGCUGCCCUCCACAUCUACUCCGAGAUGGUCCACGGCUCGGACGCCGAGACGGCGCGGCUCGCCAGCGCUGCCGAGGUCGUCUCGCUGGCGGGGCGGGCGCCGGGGCUUCUGGCGGUGGCCGCCGGGCAGGCGGUCACCGUCUGGGACCUCAACGCGGAGAGCGAGGAGCCGGCCCUGGAGCACAGUGGCGAGCUGCUGCAGGUCCACAUGCCGGCGAAGGACCUGCUCGUCGCGCUCAGCCAGGGCGCUGGCGGGGCCGCCGAUCCCCCGUGCGUGUCGCUGUGGGACCUGCGGCAACGGCGGCGGGUUCUGCAGCUCGUGACCCGGCUGGGCCCCGGCGAGUGCUUCCUGGGCGCCACCGCGCAGCUGCCCCAGGCCGGGCUCCUCGCCGCCGCGGCGGGCACGGCGGUGCAGACGUGGGACCUGCGGCGGGCCGUGCGGCCCCUGCACAGCUGCGACGACCUGGGGCUCCCCUCGGGCGCCUCGGUCUCGGCCCUGGCGGUGGACGGCGCGGGGGAGCUGCUGGCCCUGGCCCACGGCGGCGGCCCCGGCGGCGCGUCGGCCGUUUGCCUCUGCGCGGUCGGCGCCGCGCUGGGGGUAAGGCCGUGCGAGUGGGAGUCCGCGGAG